AUGUCUGAGGCUCCAGGUCUCCCGUCGCAUGCGGAGACAACGGCACAAAAUACUCGCGAUGGAGAGCGAUCGAAGCGCUUUCGGUUCAAGUCCAAAAGGAAUGAACAUCGCGGCGACGACGAAUCAAGGGGUCACAAGCGACGGAAGGACGACGAUUCUUCACACAGGUACAGGAAACGUCGCAGGUCGUCACGGCAUCCCAAAGAUAGGUCGCGCUCACAAGAACGCCCCUCGAAUUAUCUGUCGCCGGACCAAGCCUUUCGAGAGUCGCUGUUCGACGCGCUCGGAGACGACGAAGGGGCGGCGUUCUGGGAGGGUGUCUACGGACAGCCUAUUCACAAAUAUCCUGACACUUAUAAAGACGAAGAGACUGGGGAGUUGGAACGUAUGACUGACGAGGAAUACGCACAAUUCGUCCGACGGAAGAUGUGGGAAAAGAGUUGGGAAGGAAUGGAAGCUGCAAAGGAAGAGCAGAGGAGAGAAAGGGAACGGGAGAAACAAAGGAUACGCGACGAAGAGAACCGAACAGAGAGUGAGAGGCAGGCACGGCAGGAUGAUCACAUCUUCAACAAACAGAUCGAAGCAAGUCUCCAACGGGGUGAGAAACGCAAAGAGCGCAAGCGGUGGCAGGGCCUGUGGGAGGACUACUUGCGCCGCUGGGCGGACCUACAACUUCUUGCUCAAAAUCGACAAAAAUCCGAAGACGAUGGCGAGCAGCUGUUCCUCCGCAACAAAAUCGCGUGGCCUGUCGAGUCUGGAAAACGUAAAGACGUGAAGAGGGAGGAAAUCGAACGGUUCAUCAGAAAAGGCACAGCAGCCGCCUAUGAGGCGUCGGAGGGGAGAGAUCCGUUCUCGAGUGCUGUCAAGGCCGAGCGUGUCCGAUGGCACCCAGACAAAAUCCAGCAGCGAUAUGGAUUCAUGGAAAUCGAUGAGGAUAUCCUGAAGGCCGUCACAGCAGUCUUUCAGGUGCUUGAUGCUCUUUGGAACGAGAUUCGAGACAAACCUGCAUGA